AUGUACGUCACAUUGAAGAAUAUAUUGAAGAACAUAAGUGAUAUUGUCAUUGUAGAAGGAGAAAAUAUGUCGUCCCAUUUAAAAUCAUUUGAAGCUGAUGAUUCUUUUACUCGAUCUUCGGCCAAAAGAGUGAAAGAAAGAAUGUUUAGCGAUGAAGAUGAUAGUGAUAAUGAUCUAGAUUUUGAUGAUACAAACUUAGAAACUCCAAGAGGGUUCAAACCACUGAGGGACCCCACUACUAAUAGUAAUGACAGCUCGUUUGUUCCUAAAGGACAGUAUAAAACUCAGAGUAGAACUGUUAAGGUGCCACUUAAAGAUGAUAGUAAUGCUAUAGCGCAAAAAAGAUCUGCUUCCACACCGAUAUCUAAAUAUAGAUCGAGAAAUGGAACUCCUCUUAGGCAGCCUCCAAUUACCAGUAAAGCGCAUGAGCUUGAUGAAGAAGAGCAUGAAGAAGCUACUAUUAUUAAAAACGGUAAGCUUAUUUCAGACGAGAAUAGGUACUCACCAAAUUUAAGCAAACUUAAAUCACCUAGAAAAUCUCCAAUACGAAAUGUUAACGUACCAAGCAAUGUAAUUUCUCCUCCUCCGAACUUCAAGUUAACUCCUGUGGAUUUUCUGUUUCUUUCACGGUCAAAUGGGAAGAAUUCAAAUGGAAAAGGCGAUGAUUCACCCCAAACCAAUGGAAAGGAUAUUGAAUUCGACCCAUCUGAUGAUGAUGAAGUUGACAAAGUAGAAGAACAGGUUGAGCGUGUUGAAGUAGAGAAUAUUCAAACGCAUGAUAAAUCUAAUGGCAGCCCUAUUGAUAGAAGCAAGAAGUUCAAGGUUCAACCAAAAUUUACUUUAGAACUGAAUCUGAUGCUAGAAACUCCUCAACAGCCUUCCAAUAUUCCAUCUUCUUCGCCUUCUCCAGAUCCCAAUGACGUCUCGAGGGCGGACAUUUUGGAAAGAAUAAAUUCUACUAUACAAUCAAUUAAAGAGAGAGAGUUGAAAGAGUUGAAAUCUAGCUCUCCUAUAAAACGAUCCUCUUUACUCGGAAGAGGUUCUCCUCAAGCUCCGUAUUCAAAUCGCCAUCUGCAACCAAUAGGAUCUAACGAGGAUUUUAACUUUAAUGGGAGAGAUGAUAUAAGAGAAGUUGAAGAAUUGAUUGCAUUAGAUGAUGAUACGGAUGACAAUGAUAAUAUUCUUCAAGAAAUAGAUUCGUAUUUACCUACAUCGCCAGCUCAAAUGUCAACGAAUACUCGUAAUACAUUACUGGUCAGUAACAUGGAAACAGAUAGCCCAAAACUUAGCAAGUUUCCAGGUGGCUAUGAAAGGAGUAUGCUUGCAGAGAAUUUAAUUAUCCGCCCUGAAACAGAUACAACACCUUUCUCAACCACAACAGGUUCUACCACCUCUGCCAGAACAUCCAAAGACGAGUGGUCUACUGCAAAAUGGUUGAAGUUGAGAAAGAUAUUGGCUUUGAAAAAAUUGACUCUGUUUGAGAUAAUUAACAGCUCUAUAAUUCAAGAAUCUCUUGCAGUAUCAAAGAAAGACUUGGCGAAUAGAGUACAUUUCCUCAUGGAAUUAGACAGGCAUAAAGAAUUGGCAAGGGAAAGAAAAUUGAAAAAAGUGGGAAGAAGAACUAACGCUAAAUCGGGUAACAUCAAAGUUCAACCUAAGAACCUCACCUCAAGAAGAAAGAAACUUUUAUAA